AUGAUGCUUGAAACAAAGUAUUACCUAACGAGGGAACUAUAUUUUUACGUGGCAAGCACCUACGAGAUUCUCCUUCACGAAUCGACCGCAGCCGCGUCUGCCACUUACCCUUCAUUCUUCACGUCACUAAGCAUGACAGAUAUUCAGAAGACAAAGGCUGUAUCUGGUAGUUGGCUCCUUCAAAGUGACUAUUCCCUGGUUUUUGCAAGAAAUCCCCCUUCCGAGGGCCUCUACAAAUAUUUGGCGAUUGGGUACAGGCAAUCAGAAGUUUGGCCUGCGUUGAGGGCUCAAGUCGUGUUGCUUUCGAAAUAUGCACCACAAUAUGCCGAUUGGUUCAUAUUCGCACACGAUGACGCUUUUCUGCUGAUCGAUUCGAUUAAAUAUGCGCUAGAGCUAUUUGAUCCCGAUAAGCGAUAUAUGGCAGUGCUUGGCAGUGACUUCGGGGAAGGAGAGACGGAGCAGCAAACGCGCGAAACCAAGAAACUGCGUAGCACCCACAUCCUCUCACAUGCAGCACUUGAGCAUCUACAGAAUCGAAUCGGAACGGGAACUAUGGGCUGCUCACUUACACAGGGUACACUUCAUAAAUGUCUAGAUGCGACGGUGGAAUUGGACUUGACGCGGGAUGUUCUUGGCAACACUCGGUCUCCACUCAUCGCUCGGCAUCUUACGCCAUUCGAAAUAAAGGAUUACCGGUAUUACAACGGGGGAUACAACGAUGGCAGCGAUAUCAUCAACAACUUCUCUCCGGAUUUGCUUUCAUUACACGGAUUGGAGGCGCAAGAUAUUAAGAUAUUCGACGUGCUCUUCAAUCGAAUCCGUAAAUACUCGGCAAUUGAUCGAAAAUAUCACCUU